GUGUAUCGGUCGAUAUUACUAAAUCUGCAGUACGGAAUUCGAAGUAUGUUAUUGCACAGGUGAAUCCACAAAUGCCCAGAACAUUAGGUGAUGGCGUGAUGCAUGUGAGUGAAUUUAGUGCUAUCGUAGAGGUCAAUGAUGAAUUGCCUGUAGUAGAUUACAAAAGUAAAAUUACAUCGGCCGAUAUUGAAAUAGGCAAACAUUGUUCUUCAAUAAUCGAAGAUGGAUCUACAUUGCAAAUGGGUAUUGGUGCUAUUCCUGAUGCGGUAAUGGAGCAAUUGGAAGGACAUAAGGAUUUAGGAGUGCAUACCGAAAUGUUUUCAAAUGGUGUCAUUGAUUUAGUCAAAAAAGGGGUGAUCACCAAUCGGUUUAAGAAGAAGCAUCGACAAAAAAAUGUAACUACAUUUGCAAUAGGUUCUAAAGAACUAUAUGCUUUUAUAAAUGAUCAUCCUGAGUUCGAAUUUCUUGAAUCUGAUUAUGUAAAUGAUGCUUAUAUUAUAGCAAAAAAUCCAAAAGUAGUUGCUAUUAAUUCUGCUAUCGAAAUAGAUAUUACUGGUCAAGUAUGCGCCGAUUCUAUCGGAACCUAUCAGUAUUCAGGGGUAGGUGGACAAAUGGAUUUUAUAAGAGGUGCUAAUUUAUCGGUAGGUGGGAAACCUAUCAUAGCAUUGUCUAGUACUACUAAUAAAGGGGAAUCUAAAAUUGUACCUUUUCUCAAACCUGGUGCAGGCGUUGUAACCACUCGUGCUCAUGUACACUAUGUAAUUACAGAAUACGGAAUUGCCUAUCUAUUUGGCAAAAACUUAAAACAACGGGCCUACGCCUUGAUAGAUAUUGCUCAUCCGUCACAUCACAAAAAACACAUAACCCUAAUUGGUGCUGGCAUCAUGAGUGCAACAUUGGGUAUCUUAUUAAAUGAAUUAAAUCCUGAAUUUGAAAUCGAAUUUUUCGAACGAAUGGAUCAAGUAGCAGCUGAAAGUAGCGAUGCAUGGAAUAAUGCUGGUACAGGCCAUUCGGCCUUUUGUGAGUUGAAUUAUACAUCUGAAAUUGAUGGUCAAAUUGAUAUAUCUAAAGCUGUGAAAAUUGCAACACAAUUUGAAAUGUCAAAAUCUUUUUGGGCCUAUUUAGUAAGUAAACGUUUUAUUGAAAAUCCUGAAUCAUUUAUCAAUAAUAUCCCACAUAUAAGUUUUGUAUGGGGUGAAGAAAAUGUUGACUUCCUAAGAAGAAGAGCUCACUUAAUGCAAGCACAUCCACUGUUUAGUGAAAUGAGAUUUUCGAAUCAACAUGAUGUACUCCUUGAAUGGAUGCCAUUGGUGAUGCAAUCAAGAAAGCCCGAUGAAGUAUUAGCAGCAACUAAAAUGGAUAUUGGAACUGAUGUUAAUUUUGGAAAUCUUACAAGAGUUUUAUUUAAUUAUCUCGAAUCGUUGCCUAAUGUAACAUUGCAUUUGAAUCAUGAAUUAAGAGAUUUAGAAAAGAUAGAAAAUGGCCAAUGGCGGUUGAAAGUAAAAGACGAAUUAAAUGAUGUAAAAAAAUACAUCGAUACUGAUUUUGUAUUUUUAGGAGCAGGUGGUGGAUCGCUGCCAUUACUAGAUAAGUCGGAUAUUGAAGAAGCCAAAGGAUAUGGAGGAUUC